GCGAGCAGUCGGUCACUUUACGUGAAAACUGGUUUGACUGGUCAGAGCAUUAAACUUACCUAUUGUUGUGACCAAAAUCAAUUCUCAUCUGAUGUAACCGCUUAUUGGCCAAUCCUGGAACAUUUCAUUCAUACAUAUAUUGGAUUGAGUACAUAUAAAACAAGGGAAAGACCACGUUCCUAGUUUUCCGGAUUUAUACUUACUUGUGGACCCACGUGUUGGCAGUGCAUCAUAGGCAAGGGGUGGAUACUAUCUUACAGUUACCAAGGAUGCUGGGGACAAUUUUCCUGAUAUCCGGGCUUAUUGCCUCAACUUACGCCCAGGGAGUUUGUCGUAGCCAGGCGGACAUUGUUUUUGUCUUGGAUUCGUCGGGCUCGGUGGGUCAAGAAAAUUUCGACAUUGUCUUGACUUUCGUCAACGAGAUCAUCGAUGCUCUCGACAUUGGCUCAGAUGGUACUAGGGUCGGCGUCAACACAUUUGAGAGUCAAGCCGUACUCCGGUUUGAUCUGAAUAGAUAUACAGAUAAAACAGAAAUGAAAGCUGCUGUGUCCGCCAUACCUUUUCUAUUUGGAUCAACUGCUACAAAGGAAGGCUUGGAGAUGAUGUUGGCUAUGUUCUCUCCAGAACGGGGAGAUAGAGCGGAUGUCCCAAAUAUAGGUAUCGUUAUUACUGACGGCAACGCCAAAACUGGUGAUCCCAUCGUAGUAGCACAGCAGGCCAUGGCCCAAGGAAUCCUGAUGUUUGCUAUAGCAAUCGCAGAGUCUGACGAGUUUGACGUCAACCAGAUCAGACCCUUGGCCACGGACCCAGUGGACAACUUUUUUGAAGUAACAGAUUUUGCAAAACUUAGCGAGAUUACAGAUGCCGUUGUCCAAGGAGCGUGCGUGUUUGAGCCAAUUUGCCCUGGUACUCAAGCCGAUGUUGCAUUCGUUAUCGACUCCAGUGGUAGCAUCACAGCAGAUAACUUUAUAAAGGUGAAAGAGUUCGUCAACUCUGUUGUCGCCUACCUCGACAUUGGGUCAGAAACCAUUCACGUCGGAGUCAUAUCAUUCAGUGAUAUCGCCCGGGUAGAGUUCAAUCUCAAUGCGUUUAGCACUGCAGAAGAUGUGGUCAACGCCAUCAAUGGCAUUACACAAUUGAACGAUGGAACAAAGACCAACUUGGGACUUGAUCUUCUAACCACAGAGCUCUUCACUGUCUCCAAUGGAGAUAGAUUGGGCGUACCAAAUCUUGCCGUUGUCGUCACCGAUGGUCAAUCUAACGACCUUGCCUUAACAACGGAUUCUGCUGCAUCAGUACAGGCUGCCGGUAUCCAAGUCUUUGCAAUCGGAAUUGGUGACAUGAAUAGCCUUAACACCGAUGAGCUGAACAUUAUUGCAUCGGACCCAGACUAUGCUCAUAUGUACAUCAUCGAGAACUUUGACCUUCUGGCCAAUAUAAGCAAGGAUGUUGCUUCCAGUACCUGCUACGACCCUGUUUGUCAGGACCGUCAAGCAGAUAUCGUGUUUAUUCUUGAUGCCUCUGGCAGCAUUACUGACGAAAACUUCGUAUUGCUGAAGGAAUUCGUGAAGACUGUUAUCAACAGAUUGGACGUGUCGGACACAAAUGCCAGAGUUGGGGUUCUCACCUUUUCCAACAGCGCAGAUGUUGAAUGGGAUCUUAAUAGUUACAAUACAAAAGCUGAACUAUUGUCAAAAGUGGAUAACAUAACACAAACAAAGGGUUCCACUAAUACCGCAGACGCCAUUGCUGUUACCCGAGAUCAGAUGUUUGUAUCUGCCAAAGGAGAUCGGACCAAUGUUGCAAAUACAAUUAUCCUAAUAACAGAUGGGAUCGCCAAGGGUAAUGACCCAAUCCCAGAAGCUAACCUCGCUAAGGAAGCCGGUAUCGCUAUUUUCUGUGUUGGUAUCGGACAAGACUUUGGCGUAGAAGGAAGAAAUGAGUUGCUUGCAAUUGCUACGGAUCCAGAUGAUACCCAUAUGUUUGAAGUAACGGAGUUUGCAGAUUUGACUGGGAUUGCUGGACAGAUAGCCCAAGUUGCCUGUUACCCCAAUGUUUGUGGAGACUUAAAGUAUGAUAUCGCCGUACUCCUGGAUCGUUCUGGAAGUGUGCCCGAAGACGAUUAUAUUCUCAUGUUAGACUUUGUUGCAUCUGUCGUCAAUGACCUCGAUAUCUCUCCCACCGAUGUGCAGGUUGCCAUAGUAACCUUCAGCAGUGAAGUACAGAUAGAGUUCAACCUGAACAGAUACCAGUCAAGAUCCUCUCUACGCACCGCCAUCUUGAACUUGCCAUCUACAACUGAAGGUGCAACAAAUCACGCAGAUGCUCUUGCCGCUGCUGCUGAUGUCAUCUUUGUCGAAGGAAAUGGUGACCGUCUCGAUGUCCCCAACUUGGUUAUGGUCAUUACAGAUGGUAAAUCAUCUGUCAAUGAGGACAGAACCGAAUCGGAAGCGACCAGGGUAAAAGCUAUGCCAGAUACAGUUAUCGUAACAAUUGGAAUUGGACCAGAACUGAGCGCAAAUGACUUAAACAUCAUAGCGUCUGAUCCCGAUGAAGCUUACGUUUUCAGAGUUAAUAGUUUCCUUGACUUAGCUGGUAUCAAGACUACUCUGUUGACCCGUGCGUGUACUCCACUUGAUACCACAUGUACCGGAAAGGGAGACAUUGUCAUUGGCGUGGACACCUCUGGCAGUAUUGGACAGGAAAAUUUCGACCGUAUGGUCAGUUUCCUCGAGCUUUUAUUGAACGAGAUGACCAUCAGCGAUUCCACCAACCGAGUCGGUGUGUUAACCUUUGCAGACAAUGCUGAAGUUAGAGCCCAACUGAAUCAAUUCAAUGAUCGAGCCAGCCUGAUUAAUGAGGUCAAGAGCAUACCGUACACUACUGGUGCUACAUAUACCGCAGAUGCCUUAAGGACCGCUCGAACAGCAAUGUUCACAGAAGCAAACGGAGAUAGAGCUGACGUUCCUAACAUUAUGCUGGUCAUUACAGAUGGUGUUUCGACAGUCAACAAACUUACCACAGUACCUGAAGCAGUUACGUCGAGACAAUCGGACAUCCUUAUUUCAACAGUAGCCAUCGGCCCAAAUACCGAUGACGUAGAGCUCUCUGCAGUCGCAUCAGAAGUUGCAAUGAUGUUUGCAUCUGCAACCUUUCAGGAACUUCCUAAUAUAGUGACCAACAUCAAAGGCGCCAUCUGUAAUGAUGUUGAUGAAUGUCUUUCCAAUCCUUGUCAAAAUGGUGGAGUAUGCAGGGACAGAUUCAACGGAUACGUCUGUGAAUGUCCCUCUGGGUUCUCGGGUCUCCUUUGCGAACGUAAUUGCAACGUCCAGGUUGAUUUAGUGAUCGCAAUCGACAGCUCCGGAUCAAUCUUCGCAGAUAACUUUGAACUGGUCAAGAAUUUCGUCAAGAACGUCAUUGUGGAUCUUCCCAUCUCUAGCUCAGGAGCUAGAGUCGGUGUGAUUACCGUCUCCUCCGAUGCUAUUAUACGCUUUCAUCUGAACGAAUACACCGAUCGCAAAUCUGCAAUGGACGCCGUUGAAAGAAUCCCUUAUUCUGCUGGAGCCACCAACAUUGCCAGCGCCCUCCAGUUGAUAAGACUUUCCAUGUUCACCGCUGGUAAUGGAGAUAGAUCAACAGCCCAGAACGCAGUUCUUUUGAUCACAGAUGGGGCUUCUAACGUAAACGCGGCCGACACAUUGCCACAGGCUCGACAAUUGAGAAUCACUGGCACAACCAUAAUGGCUGUUGGAGUAGGAAAUGAACUUGAUCCUAAGGAACUUCGUGGCAUUGCCUCCGAUCCUGACAGUGUGAACGUGAGAACAGCUGCGAGCUUUGCCGAUUUGGAAGCCCUUAGCAGAGACCCAGAACAAAACUCUCCACUUUGCUAUGACGCUAAUGAAUGUUCAAGCAACCCUUGCCAGGGUGGUGCCCCAUGUAUUGACGGCCUGAACUCAUUCGAGUGUGUGUGUCCCAGUGGGCUGGCUGGCCCAACAUGUGCAGUGACCUGCAAUGGACAGAUGGACAUUGUUUUUGUUGUGGAUAGCUCUGGCAGUAUUGGGGAAGCAGACUUCGAGAAGGUGACCAACUUUAUCCAAGGACUUGUGGACAACUUGGAGAUCACUAAUGGAUUAUACCGUAUUGGUCUUCUCACUUUUGCCGACGAGGGACAAGUGGUUUUCCAUUUGAACGAUUACAACACAAGAUCAGAGAUCUUGAACGCAAUCAGCUCUGUUCAAUACACUAAAGGCGCUACCAACACUGCUCGCGGAUUGGAGCUUAUGAGGACCAUGUUCAGUCCUGUCAACGGAGACCGCAGUAGCCCAAAUAAUAUGGCCAUCCUCAUUACGGACGGCAAACCAACACCAGCGCCCCCGCUGCUGAAAAUAAUAUUAAUGUUGAUAACUUUGACGAUCUUGCAACUAUUAGAACAACUCUCAGGGAAGCGAUAUGCUCAUAGUUUAGGUAGACCUAUUGAUGUAUAUCGAUUAUAAACUGUAAGGAUAGUUUUAGCUGUAAAUAUGAAGUAUGUAGGAGGGCUCAGGAACUAGUUACAUUGAUACACAUGCCUAUGUGCAAGGACUUCAGUCUGUUAACCGAUUCGACAUACCACAAAGAUAUUCAAUUAUAUUUACACUAUUGCAAUCAUUCACAGAUCUAUAUUUCUUUAUCAGCAUUUUAAAAUUGUAUAAAAACAAAUUUAAUUAGAUUGUUAGUUUUCAUGAGUUAAUACCUUUUUAAGCCUACAAAAUGCCUUGCUUGUGUUAUCUUGUUAUCAUUGAGUAGAAUGUUUGUCAUGCUACCCUACUAUAAAGCCCACAUUUUAUCAUAAGCGAGUACAUUUUGGACUAAAAAUUGAGAAUGUAGAAUUGUAACCGCUUACUGUUUCUUAGUGCUUCAUCAUCUUGUUUGUUACUGUAUAUGGGCCAAACUGUUAUACUGUGUAUUAACAAUAAAUUGUUGACUUUGUUAGGAAACUGUAAAUAUUUUAUGAAACAGUACUUGUACUGUCUGUAUUCAAUUGUAUUAAAUAUAACAUUUUAACUAAAUCAA